AUGGGGUCGAAAGACACGGCUGCAAGAGAAAGAGGCGUCCAUGCAUUUUACAGUCAACUACCAGCUUUUACGGAUGUAUUUGAUGAGGAAUCAUUCUAUAUAUUUGCGUACUGCAUGGUCUGUACCACACUUGUUAUAGUGUUCAUCCUAUCCAGAUUUAUUACGAUUAAACCUGUAGACUAAUCAAUAAACUUAGUUUAUGUUUGA